CCACGUGUUUUCAGACUCGAAACGCCAAGUGUUUAUUCAUUCUGACGCAGCAAAAAUCUGGUGUCCACACACAGCAACAGCCACAUUUCCUGAUUAAACUCGACAUUAACAGUCAUGGCGCAGAAUAUGAUGCUUUACUGGGGCUCGGGCUCUCCGCCGUGCUGGAGGGUCAUGAUCGCGCUGGAGGAGAAGAAGCUGCAGGGAUACAAACACAAACUCCUGUCGUUUGAGAAGAAAGAGCACCAGUGUGCCGAAGUGAAGGCUCUCAAUCCCAGAGCUCAGAUUCCAACGUUCAAGCACGGAGACAUCAUCGUGAACGAGUCUUUCGCCGCGUGUCUGUAUCUGGAGAGUGCGUUCAAGUCUCAAGGAACCCGUCUGAUCCCAGAUGAUCCAGCUGAACAGGCGCUCGUCUACCAGCGGAUGUUUGAGACCAACAACCUGCAUCAGAAAAUGCGUGACGUGGCCUUCUAUGAGUGGUACGUUCCUGAAGGAGAGCGACACGAAUCGGCCCUGAAGAGGAAUAAAGAGAAUUUAGUAACCGAGCUGAAACUGUGGGACGGAUACUUGGAGAAGAUGGGUAAAGGGUCGUACCUCGCCGGCAAGAACUUCACCAUGGCGGACGUGGUUUGUUUCCCCACCAUCGCAUAUUUCCCACGACUUCACUGUCCUAAAGACAGAUGUCCUCGACUGAUGGAGUAUUACGAAAUGGUGAAGGAUCGUCCCAGUAUUAAAGCCAGCUGGCCUCCGCACUGGCUGGACAAUCUUGAGGGUCCAGACGCGCUGAAGAACCUGUGAGGAACACGAGACGUCCCCAACACCGCUGGAUCACAUCAAUAAUCAGCUCUGAUGUAUUCAGUUAUUGCCUAUGCUGUGUUUCCUAAUGUUUCAGAAGAAUCAUUCUCUCUUACUAAUCAAUUUACACCUACAGCUAUUAAAUCACAACUCUUGUUUACAUUGUGGCACUUUCUGACGUUUUUAGCAUUUUUCUGUCGCAUAUCUUUGAUACAGCAGACCGUUUAAAGGAUUAGUCCACUUUCAAAUAAAAUGUUCCUGAUAAUUUACUCACCCCCAUGUCAUCCAAGAUGUUCAUGUCUUUCUUUCUUCAAUCGAAAAGAAAUGAAGGUUUUUGUUGAAAACAUUCCAGGAUUAUUCUCCUUAUAGUGGAUUUCACUGGCCUCCAAACGGUUAAAGGUCAAAAUUCAGUGCAGCUUCAAAGUAAAGAGUCAGGAAAAUUUUAUUUGAAAGUGAACUAACCCUUUAAUCUGUGCACUUUAUUUUGAACAAUUUCUAAAAACGAAGCUCAUUGUUAUUGUCUGUAAUGGAAGAUUAACUUGUUGUUUGGGAUUAAUAAAGUUUUGUCCUGUUCAAUCAA